GUUUAUUCCGCGAACUUUCACGUGGUGAAUUCAUCGAUCAGCUGCGUGAAGCCUCUUUUAGUUCCAUCAUUAUUAUACCCCAAAAGGACAAGCCUCUGCGGCAUCUGUCUAGUUUAGACCAUAUGGUGUUGGGUUGGAUUGUUUCACAUGCGACUAAUAAAGUUUCGACGCCUUGUUGAGCCUCCACAUUUGUAGUGUUAAAAUUCACAAGCAGCUGUGACGCUCAGUAUAAUUGUUUCAAAUCUUGCUAUACAAAACACCUCAACCAUUGGACUUGUUAUUGCACUGGGUUUUGCUGCUUCUGCAUUCUAGACUAUAGCGGUUUUAUGAUUGUUACAGUUUGUCAACUAUUAGCUCACAAUGCCCGAGACAACGGAAAACCCCGCCCCCGAGGCAGACGCCAAGCCGGCGGAAGCCGCGCCCCCUGCGGCACCGGCCGCCCCUGUCAAAGAGAUGAGGAGUGUGGUGCUGACUGGUUUCGGUGGGGUCAAGAUGAUGAAAGUCCAGCAGAAACCAGAGGCCAGCGCGGGGGACGGGGAGGUGCUCAUCCGUGUCAAGGCAUGCGGGAUGAGUUUCCCCGACCUGAUGGUCAGGCAGGGUGUGAUUGACCACCCCCCUAAAACACCAAUCAUCAUGGGCUUUGAGUGUGCUGGUGUUGUGGAGGUUGUAGGAGCGAAUGUCACGGAUUUUGUGGUUGGCGACAGAGUCAUGGCCUUCUCAGACUACAAAGCCUGGUCUGAACUGGUGGCUGUGUCCACAAAUUACGUCUACAAGAUUGGAGACAACAUGAACUUUCAUGACGCUGCUGCCCUGCUGAUGAACUACGUGGUCGCCUACAGCCUGCUGUUUGAUCUGGCGGGGGUCAGGGAGGGGCAGUCAGUGCUGGCACAUUCCCUGGGGGGUGGAGUUGGUCAUGCCAUAGUUCAGCUAGCCAACACUGUCCCAAAUGUCACCAUCUUCGGCACAGCGUCAUCCCACAAGCAUGAGGCCAUUAAGUCUAACGGCAAUGUUGCUCAUCUUUUUGAUCACAACGCUGACUACACUCAGGCUAUCAGAAAAGAAUCCUCAGAUGGUGUUGACAUAGUGUUGGAUUGUCUCUGUGGAGAUGAUACAAACAAAGGCAUUGCAUUGUUAAAACCCAUGGGAAAAUAUAUUCUCUUUGGGUCCUCAAAUAUCGUGACAGGAGAAACUAAAAGCAUAAUCAGCUUUGCCAAAUCUCUACAACUUCCUGACAAAGUGGUGUGGUGGCAAGUUGACAAGGUGAACCCCUUAAAACUUUAUGAUGAUAACAAAGUCAUUGGUGGCUUCCAGUUGCGACGCCUGCUCUUCCGACAGGGUCAUCAUGAGUAUGUGCGUUCUGUAGUGACGCGUGUGCUUGAUCUAUACAAUCAAGGCAAGCUGAAACUGACCAUUGACUCAGUGUGGGCUUUUGAAGAUGUGGGUGAAGCAAUGCAAAAGUUGUGUGACCGUAAAAAUGUUGGAAAAAUUAUUUUGGAUCCAACCGCAGAGCCUACACCCAAGUCUCCAGAGAAGAAGGCAGCAGAAGCAGCAGAAAGUGCCUCUGCUGGGGAAGAGAAGAAGGAAGCUGUUGCAAAUGGGGAGUGAUUUCAACUGUAGAAAUUUUAUUAAUCGAUGAUUAGUUCACUUAACAAAUUUAACAGCAAGUUUGAUCUUCAGAACUAUAGAACAAAAAAGAUGCAUUGUGGAAAGGAUCAGGAUUAUAAUGUUUUUAAAUACUAUUUUUUUUUAUAGUUAAGUAAAUUUAAUUAUUUAAACUAUGUAUAGGGAGAAGUAUAUUGCCAAAACUUACCAUGUUUUUGUAACUAUAGAUCUAAAGCAAGUUUGUGUACAUCCAAUAAGUAUAUAGAUUUUAACUGUACAUUUUUCUUAAUUUUUAAUAGUUAUGUAAAAAAUAGGAAAAUAUCUUAUUAAAUUUGAAAAUAAUUACACCUUUAGAAAAAAUUGGAAUACUGCACAAUUUCCGGUCUAAUCAUAAAAAAAUUUUCUUUAAUAUUGAGGGCACAGUUUGUUUGCUAAUGGUUUUAUAUAUAUCUCCUGCUUAUUUUUAAAUCAAUUUGUUGUCUGGUGUUGUGCCCUGUUUAUUUGCUGUGAUCAUUCAGACUGACCGUUGCUGUUGGUUUUGUCAUAUUUAUUGUGAUAUUGAUACAAAUAUUAAAGAUAUAUGUUGUGUGAUCUGUAUAUUAUAUUUUUGGAAUGGAAUUUAUUAAACAAUUUUUCUCCCCCUCCCAAGAAAUAUAUUAAAUCAAGAGUUAAAAAAUGGGGAUAACUCUAAAAAUUGUUUUAUUACUUGCAGUCAUCAGUUUGAUUUAUUUGGAAAACUUUGUUCAGUAUUUUAUCAUAAGUUGAAUAUUAUUCUGUUUAGUAUAUUUAAAAAAUAUAUAUUCAUGUAUUUUGUAUUAAUUUGCAUGAGAAUAUAAACCUAUUUACUGUAUCAAUACAUUUCACUGUAAUGUAAUGCUAAAAGUGCUAUACUAAUCAUUUUUUAUAUUGCAAUAACCAGGGGAUGGUGCUUGCUGGUUUGAUUCUGUUUAGCUUUUUUCCACACAUUUUUUUUUAUCUUUAAGAUUAAUACAUUAUAUAUGCAUUAGCUACAUUGUUUGAUCUUAAUGCUGAAAUCAAACUAGGAACUACAUUCUCCACAAUUAUUUAAGAUACUUUACUUUUGUUAAUUUUUCUGUGUAUAUUAACUAUGGGAGUUUAAUUUUCUUUUGAAAAUGCUUGAUUUAUUUCAUUAAGUGGCUCCAAGUAAAGAUGUGUUUGUUGUUUAGUAACUUGCAUAGCGUACACAAGCACCUGUUGUGUUGAGCCAUGAGUUCUCUGUGUACUUCCUUCACAGUCUGCACUUUUCCUAGUCUUGGUGCCCACUUUUGUUUUAAAGCUUUACUAGCAUUCACUGAUGUCUUUGUGCUAGCCAGAGGCGUAGGUGUACCUUUUGGUGGUAAUGUUGGAUCAACCGGUAUUUCAAUAAUAAAACAAUACAACACUUUUCUAUUUAUUCCUUGUAAUAGUUGCAUUUUGAAAUGAUGAACUGGAUUUUUUUCUUAUUUUUGAAACUGUUUUUAAAUUUCAACUUGCAUUCACUUCCGUCUGAGAGUUCCUGGAAUGCAAAUUAUUCCAAUUUUUCAUUUUUGAUGCUAAUCAGUUCUAAACAUUAGAAAAAUGUAAUGUGUUUAAUAUUUUAAUUGCCACUGACCAGUUUUAGAAUCAUUUUAAUAUGUGGAAACAAUUAAACAUAGGUUAUUUUUUACAGGAUUGAAAUUGUUUUCAAAAUUUAGUCAUGUUUACUAAAGUAAUUUUUUUUAUUUUUAAAUAAAAAAGUUCUUUGUAUUUUUCUGAAGAAAAAAAACUUGCUGUAAAAAUAUUUAUUCCAAAAAAUCAAGUCAACAUCUAAUGUUGUAAAUGUACUGUGUAAGUGUUACAGGACAACUUGAUUCAAUUAACUUUCCAGCUGUUCUUCUUUCAACCUUGAAUGCUCUGGUGCAUACCCAAACAGCUUGAGGUUCUUUCAUUUCUAAUCAUGUUGAUAGCCCCCAGCUGUUGAUGGAAGUCUCAAAGCAAUAAGUCAUUACUACCCUGAGAAAGUGCUUAGUAUUUAAUCUUUGUUAAAACUAGCAUUCCUGUUCACUUAAACAAAAUCAACAUCUUGAACCACCGCCAACAUUCCUGUGAGAAAUGUAAAAUAUCUACAUUGUAUAUUUCUAUGUGAAUUUGUACUGGCUUUUUCAAUACUUUUUUAUGAACAAAAUGAAAUACUUUAACCCUUCUUAGCUCACUUAAAAAUUUGGCCAGAACUAAUGCAAUAUUUUGAUUAUAUUCAAAUAAGCUGUUAUAUAAAUAUAUAUAUUUAUACUUUGACUAGCACUUAGGAAUAUCAUUGGUAGGCCUAUACAGAUUGUUUAUAUUUAUUUUUAUGAAUAAAUCAACUUAUUCUACACAUUUAUCUUUUACAUUAGGCUAUGUUUAAACCAAACUAUUAAACAGAUAUUUAAAAAAAAGCAGAUAUAAACUUUAAAGCUGAUAUAAACUUUAAAGCUGAUAUAAUUGUAUUGCUACCAUAUUGUAAGAAAUGUAUGAAGGAAGGUUAGAGAGCACUUGUGAUGUUUGCCUAGCUAUAUAACACCAUCAGUCUGCCUUCUGCUCUGUAGUAUUGUGUAGAUGUUCAUGGUGUCUGUAGAAUGCUCAGCAUAGUUAGUGCAAUAAAUGUUAUUGUUUAACCCC